AUGUUGCACAGUCCGCCGGUCCGCGACGUAUCGACUCCCGAUGGCGUAACCCCGAGUGCCGAUCCAGCCGCGAGUGGAUCCAAAUCGCCUCACGUACCAACACCGCCCGUUCCGAAUACCCCGCGUGUACCAGAGCCGUCCGCCUGCGACGCCAUGCUUAUGCCGCCCGAAUCGCAGAUUGACACUUUGAAUGCCAUGCAGCUGAAACCACCGGAGAUGGACACCACUGACAUUCAAACCUUUUUCUUCGCAUUGGAAAACUGGUUCGAUGCGUGGAAUAUCACCACGAACCAACAUAUUCGCCGUUUUAACAUUCUUAGAACGCGUAUACCGCUUCGUGUCCUUCCUGAGCUUCGCCCCCUGUUGGAGAACAUACGACAGUACGCUACGGACCGUUACGAGGUAGCAAAGCGUGCAAUAAUUGAGCACUUUGAAGAGUCGCAACGAAGCCGCUUGCAUCGUCUGCUUGCCGAAAUGAACCUCGGGGACCGAAAACCAUCGCAGCUAUUAGCGGAGAUGCGCCGCGCCGCAAAUGGAGCAAUGACGGACUCUAUGCUGGUAGAUUUGUGGAUCGGCCGUCUCCCGCCAUACGUCCAGUCCGCCGUUAUUGCCACUAACACGGAUACCAACGAUCGAGCUAAAGUAGCAGACUCUGUUAUGGAUUCGUUCGCGUUAUACCACCGAACGGGCCCGUACCAAACCAUCCACGAAGUACGCAACGAGGACUUCGAACGUCUUUCUCGGCACGUAACGGAAUUAGGUCAGCGCUUGGACGCCGUACUGAGCAAGCUCAACGAACGAGAACGCGCGCGACCACGCUCACGUACCCGGCAACGUCAACCGAACCAGGAUGCGGUAACACCCAGCGGACACUGCUAUUACCACACGCAGUACGGGCAAGCGGCGCGGAACUGUCGUGCCCCCUGCUCCUUCAACAAUCGGCGGCAGAGUAGUAACUCGGCCACUGUUUCCGAUUGA